UUGAGAUGACAGCAUUUGGUAAAGCGUCCACGAGGCAAAAACAAAAAAAAGAAAGAAACGAGUCAAAAAAAGCAACAAGUAAACAAACAAACAACCACUGCAGCAAAGCAAACAGUUUCAAGCCAUCGAAACACCAUUGCGUCCAUCAUACGGAUUGCUGCAUUGGAUCAUUCUUGUUACCGCAUGUAUGUCCAUUAUCUAACCUGCAGAGGUUUUUUCCCGUAGCUCUAAAGCAAGCAAGUGUUUGAGGACUCAAGCCGAUGGCAAACCGUUGGAGUUGCCUACUGAGAUGCCGGGAGUCACGUUCACUGUGGACGACCAGUGUAGGCAGCAGUAUGGAAACAGAGCCAGACACUGUCACAAAUACAAGCAUCGUCUAUGUCAACAACUUUGGUGUGAGAUUAAAGGAGAAAAGCUGUGUAGAAGUAAAUUGAAUCCGCCAGCCACAGGAACAGCUUGUGCUUCUGGUAAGUGGUGUAUGUAUGGAGAAUGUGUGGAUAACAGUACCAUCCCUUUAAGAAGAGACGGUGGCUGGGGUCCCUGGACGAAAUGGAGCAAAUGUUCCCGAACCUGUGGAAUGGGUGUUACUUCACAGAAAAGAAAGUGUGACUCACCAAGCCCCUUGAACGGUGGCCGAUAUUGUGAAGGAGAAUCCAGGAAAUUUCGUACUUGUAAUGUAAAGCCAUGCCCGCCAAGAUCUAGGGAUUUCCGAACUCUACAGUGUGAAUCUUUCAACGGUAUGAAAUACAGAGGAGAGAACCACGACUGGGUCCCUGUUAUAAGUGAUGGCCAGCCAUGCUCCCUAUUCUGCAAACCAAGGGAUCCUCAAUACCGUUUCUCAGCGCAGCUCGCCGCUAAAGUUAUAGAUGGUACUCCAUGCAGACCUGGCUCAAUCGACAUUUGCAUAGAUGGAAAGUGCCAGGGUGUUGGUUGUGACCAUAAGAUUGGUUCAGGAGCAGAAGAGGAUAUCUGCGGCGUCUGCAAAGGAAACGGAACAACGUGUCGUACAGUGGAAGGGAGGUUUAAUCAGCUAGCUGGAUCAGGUUACGUGGAAGCUGCUGUCAUCCCUGAGGGAGCAAGGAGUAUAAGCAUAAGCGAGUCAAAACCGUGCACGAGUUUUCUUGCUCUCAGGGCAGACGCCGGAACUUACUAUAUUAAUGGUAAUUGGAGAAUUCAACUUCCCGGUGACGUCAACGCCGACGGAACUAUAUUCCGGUACAUGCGAAAAGGAACCUUGGAGAAGAUCAUAGCGCGCGGGCCGACCAAUGCUCCCUUGCACAUAAUGGUGCUUUACUAUGGCUUUAACCUUGGAGUGGAGUAUCGAUACGCUGUACCACUUCACGACACCAACAAAAAAAAAGAUGAGAAGAAACAUCGUCUACUCCACGAAGCCUCGUACGGAUGGGUUCAUGGAGGCUGGGGCAAAUGUAACGUGCACUGCGGAGGAGGUAUAAGGAAAAGUCUGCGAAUGAGGUGCAUUCGUUUUUACCGAGGAAACAUUUCUUUGGUGGAAGACUUCUACUGCAAAGGUGCAACGAAACCAAGACAGGAAGAAAGAGUGUGUAACGUGCAUCAGUGUCCAAUAUGGUGGGAAGUAUCGCCAUGGAAACCGUGUUCCAAGACCUGCGGGCCUGGUCUACAGUAUCGUUCGGUUACUUGUAUGCAUCAAACUAGAAAUGGCACCACUGAAGAGAGCUCUAGCCAUUUGUGCCCCAGCGACAAACCUUCAGGGGUUCAAAAUUGCAUCAAGAAAGCGUGCCACCUAAAUUGGAUGGCUGGUCCAUGGUCUCAAUGCCACGCUCUGUGUGGUGUUGGCUACCGUUUGAGGAAUGUCCGCUGCCCAGUUGAGGGAAACUGUGAACACAGAAGAAAACCCCCCACACGAAAAUCCUGUUUUAAAGGAUCGUGCUAUGACUGGAGUGCUGGGACCUGGGGGAGUUGUUCUGCUGGAUGUGGAUUAGGAAUGCAAAGACGGUCAGUGACCUGUAAGCAUACUCUAACCGGAAAAGCUGGUAAUACUUGCAAUACAGGCUCAAAACCAGCAUCAGCACGUGAGUGUAGGCUCAAGGAAUGCAAGAAAAUAGAUGUUGUAUUAGAGACAGUCUGUAACCAAGACAAGUAUAGCAGCAAGCAGUGCAAAGCAGUUGUGAAGUAUAAUCUCUGCUCCACCAGGGCAUGGCUGGAUCUUUGUUGUAAAACAUGUCAAGAUGCUGGUCGCCUAUAAUAUUAUAGAAAUUUAAAUAAAAAUAAAGCCAACAUGCAGAUAUCUACUUUAAUUUUUCCUUUCAUAAAGAAGGAAAAAGUACACAUCUGCACGCAGACUAUAAAAACAGUGCAACAAUUUCAAGUUACUAUUACUAUAAGCAGCACUAUUUAACAACUCAACAUCAGUUUAUCAUGCAUCUGUCCUGUUAUUAACCAUGAACUUUGUCAUGACAUUGUCCAAGUAGCUGUGGAUCCUUGAGGAAAUAGCCAAGUGGAUCUCCAGACUACUUUGACAAUGUUACAUAUGCUUGCAUGUUGAAAUUCAUUGUCAAUAACAGGACAGAUGCAUGAAAAAGUGAUGUCAAUUUGUUUUUUACAAUAACAAAAUAAUAAUUAUUGUCAAAUUGUCCUCUCUCACUUCCUGCAUCAACAUCACAUAAAUUAUAAAUUCAUGUGUCUGUCCACUUAUUGACAAUGAAACUUGGCCACUGAGCAUGCAAUAAUUUCUGAGUUAUUGUAAAAAGCUAAGUUGUAUACAAGUCGUAAAUUAAACAAAUUAAAUAUUAGGUAUUGAAAACAUGUCUCAAGUAAGAAAUAAACAUUGGUUCUACU